UAACUUUGGAGAAAGGAAGCCAUUGCUCUUCCGUCUCGAUUAUAUUUCGCUUCUGUUUCUUCUUCAAUCUACUCUUCUUCUCCCACCGAGAGAAAGUGGAUAUUAUCGGUUUACCUCUCGCCUGCUCGAGAUGGCUCUCCUCCGAUCCUAUUCUUGUGCAUCAUCUGGGAUGGGUGUCGCUAAUCAGUGCAAAGACACAUUCUUAGAGCUUCAGAGGAAGAAAACACAUCGAUAUGUUAUUUUCAAAAUUGAUGAGAAGCUAAAGGAGGUUGUUGUUGAGAAGACUGGUGGCACUGCAGAGAGCUACAAUGAUUUUGUGUCUUCACUACCCGAAAAUGAUUGCAGAUAUGCCAUCUAUGAUUUUGACUUUGUUACCCAAGAAAAUUGCCAGAAGAGCAAGAUAUUCUUCAUUGCUUGGUCCCCAUCCAUGUCUCGAAUUCGAGCCAAGAUGCUUUAUGCAACAUCCAAGGCUCUAUUCAGGCAGGAGCUUGAUGGAGUCCACUACGAGAUUCAGGCGACAGAUCCUACUGAAAUGGACAUUGAGGUUAUCAGAGACCGAGCACAUUGAAUCAGACUGCAUAAACUUUCCUGGAGCCCUACGUUUUCUGCCACUUAUGAAUCAGCCCCUGACCAUAUUCUGUGGGCUGAGGAAUGGCUGAAUUCAAUUUGAACAGCAUUCUUGAACAUUACAGAUGAAUGCAGCGUUUUUGUGCUGCUUGAAUGUGUUUGUAUUUGAUGGAUAUGGACUGGGUUUUGAACCUGAAAAAAGUACUCUUUUUAUCUCUACAUUUCUACUC